AAAACAAUGAAACAUAUAAUUGUGUUAGCCUUGAUUGUAUGCAUCUAUGCAACAUCAAUAACUGAAAUGACAGAUAAACUUGCCUAAUAUGGAGAUCAUCCAUUUGGAAAGUCAAUAGUCAAUUUAGUUUCUGUUAAUAUGAAAACAGGUGGUUCUCUAAAUGAAUUAAAAUAACUCUUACAAUAAAUUAAAGAUGAACUAAUAGCUCUAACAUAAUUAUAAGAUUAAGAAAAUGCUACAUUCACUCGUAGAAGUCAAGUUGAUUUGGCUAAAUUAUAAGCUACUUUAGAAUAAGCAUAAGCAGAUUUGGACAAUUAAAGACAAGAAUAAUCAAGUUUAAAUAAUGAAUUAACUACACUUUAAACUAGAGUUAAAGAAGGUAAUUAUUUAUUAUAUUUUUGCAGAUUAAGCAGCUUUAGAUAGAAAUAGUAGAGGAAGUGGAGAUGCUUAAUCUAGAUUAGAUGCUGAAAAUACUGAUUUUUCUGCCAAAUUUUAAGAUUAUAGUGAUGCUAUUCUAGCUUGUAAAGAAGCUUAAAGAUUACUUAUGAAUUUAAGAGGUGAAGGAGCAUCAUUAAUAUAACUUACGUAUAUAAUUUUUAAUUUCUUUUAUUUAGAUAAGACACUAAGAGUAAUCUUCUUUAAACUAAAGAAAAUUUCUAAAAAAUCAAAGAAAUUUUAGAAGCUCAUACUAAAAAGAGUUCAUUAACUUUGUUUUAACCUAUCAUUGAAGGAUUAGCUGAAAUGACAACUAAAGUUAACCCAGAAACUCUUAAUAAUGUAUUAAGUUUAGUUGCCCGUUUAAUUACUGCCUUAUAAGAAGGUUAAGAUCAAUUAGAAACUAAUCAUAAGACUUAAGUAUAAUAUUAUAUUCAUUUUUAGGUUGAAAAUCUUACUAGAUUAGGUGAUGAUUUAAGAAAUGAAAAACAAACUUUAUAAGUUUCAUUAGCCACUGCUAAUAAUAGACUUAAAGAAAUUUAAUCUAGACUUAAUGAAUUAGAUGGAUUAAUUAAUAUUUCUAAUGCUUUAGUGGAAGUUACUUAAUUAAACAUUUAAGAUGCUAACAGAAUUAAUGAAUUGGAAGAUUCAGAAUAUAGUAAUCAAAAAGUUAGCAGGUUUUUAUAUUGAUUUAUAUUUAAGAUAAACUGAAAUUGACAUAGUAGAUAGAUUGAUUGAAUAUAUCAAUCAAAAAUUAUCUGAAUGAGUUGAAAAAAUAAUAUCCA